ACAGCCGCGGGCGGAGCGGUUCUGCAAGACUCUCUGGCGAGGAGCGCUCGGCACCGGAGCCUUGGCUAGCUGGCGGCCCUACUUUCCCUGGAAGCAAAAGCCCGGGAAAAAGACGUGGGCUUGACCUCUCUAGGGACCCGCGGCUGCAACAACCCCGACCCGCCCCUUCUCGGUGGGAGGGGGUGGUCUCCCUCUGAAGAGAGAAGCGGGGAAGAAAAAAAAAAGCCGCCGGCUCGUUUAUUGAAGGAGGAGGAGGAAGAGGAGGAGGAGGAGGAGGGACGGACGGCGGCCAACCUGGGCUGUCGCGUGUUGCCUGCAACGUUCGAAAAAGCUCUUCUCUCCCCUGCACGCGCCGCUCCUUCCUCCUCGCGCCGGCUGAGGAUGCGAGGUGCCCGCCCGGCCGGCUGCUUCGCUCCCGUUUCCCUGCUCGCUGCGACCCCUCGUCCCAGCCCGCCGUGCCAGCUGCUGGGCUGGGCGGGGGGUUGCUGAACUCUCUUUGCAUGGGGUGGCCGUCGCCUCCGCCUCCGGCCUCGGUCCGUCUCUCAGCUGCUUGCGCCUGCUGCCGGGAACGAUGCCUCGGCAGGAGCUGCCUUUGCCCGAAGGCUGGGAGGAAGCUCGCGACUACGACGGCAAAGUCUACUACAUUGACCACGCCACCAAAACCACCAGCUGGGUCGACCCGCGGGACAGGUAUACUAAACCACUUACCUUUGCUGAUUGCAUAAGUGACGAAUUGCCAUUAGGAUGGGAAGAGGCCUAUGAUCCCCAGGUUGGAAUUUAUUACAUUGACCAUAACACCAAAACUACCCAAAUAGAGGAUCCUCGGGUGCAAUGGCGGCAGGAACAGGAACACAUGCUGAAGGACUAUCUUAUAAUGGCCCAAGAAGCCUUAACUGCACAGAAGGAGGUUUACCAGGUCAAGCAACAGAGACUUGAAUUGGCCCAGCAGGAAUACAAGCAACUUCAUGAUGUCUGGGAACACAAACUGGGGUCUCAGACCAGCUUAGCCUCCAGUUCAUCCUCUAGCUCAAAAUAUGAUCCAGAAAUUCUUAAAGCUGAAAUUGCUACCACAAAAUCUAGGGUUAAUAAACUCAAAAGAGAAGUUGCUCACAUGAGACAGGAACUCCAGUAUAAGGAACAUGGUUUUCAAACACUGAAGAAAAUUGAUAUGAAAAUGUCUGAUACCCAAGGUGGAUAUAAACUUGAUGAAGCACAAGCCAUUUUAAAUGAAAUGAAAGCUAUCAAGAAAGCUAUCACUUCAGGAGAGCAAGAAAAGCAAGAUCUUAUUGAGAGUCUUGCCAGACUAAAAGCUAAUUUUGUGGCAAAUAAAAGAUCACAUUCAGACUUGUGGACCAAUAGCACUUCCUUGGGAAGUUGCCAUUGCCCUAGGACGUACUUGGAUGCUGGCUCCCAAACAGAUGUUUCUGGAAAUUUUUUUGUGAACUGCAAUAAUCACUUGGCUGAGAAAGUAAGAGUGCGUCUUCAAUAUGAAGAUGCUAAGCGAAGAAUAGCAAACUUAAAAAUACAGCUGGCUAAAUUGGAUAGUGAGGCCUGGCCUGGUGUGCUUGAUUCUGAACAAGACAGAUUAAUGUUAAUAAAUGAAAAGGAAGAACUUCUCAAAGAAAUGCGGUUUAUUAGCCCAAGAAAAUGGACUCAGACUGAUAUAGAAAAACUGGAGAUGAAGAGAAAACGUCUAGAAGAAGACCUUCAGACUGCAAGAAAUACACAGAGCAAAGCUUUAACAGAAAGGUUGAAGUUAAGCAGUAAAAGAAAUCAGUUGGCUCAAGAACUAGAGGAAACAACACGAUUAGUAGCAGUGUUGCAUGUGCAAUUGAAAAAUUUAUCCUCUAGCAUGCUUUCCUUGUCUUCUGGCAGUAGUCAUGGCUCCCUUGCAUCCAGUAGAGGAUCUCUGGUCACCUCAAGCCAGGAUUCUUCAACUUCAGCCAGCUUUACAGAUCUGUUUAAUGAACGGUUUGAACAGCUAGACUCUGAAUAUCAGAAUAAAAUGGACCUCUUGCUUUUGGAGAGAACCACUGGUUUUCGACCUUCAGGAUGUAUCACUACUAUCCAUGAGAAUGAAGUAGUAAAAACACAGAAAACGGAUUCCACAAGCCGCUUGCAGAUCUUGAGAUCCUUGUCUGGAACACCCAAAUCCUCAACAUCUUUAUCUCCAAGGUCAUCUCUUUCAUCUCCUUCUCCACCAUGUUCACCACUAGUGACAGAUCCAUUCUUCAUAGGAGAUGCCUUUGUGAAUCAUGCAGAUUUUGAAGAUACUGAAAUAAGCAGUGGACUUGUUGAACUCUGUGGUCUAAACUCUGUAGGUGGUAAGAAGUACAGAGUGGAAGAUUCUAGAACUGGGGUCAAGCAUUUGGACCAAGCUGUAAAUAUGAUUGAAGGAUCCGUACCGAAAGUGGCAUGUGUUUCAGCUGCAGUGUCAGAUGAGUCAGUUGCUGGAGAUAGUGGGGUGUAUGAAGCAUCCGUGCAAAGGCCGUGUAGCUCAGAAACAGCGACAUUUGAGAAUGAUGAUGCAGAUGCCCCUAUUACACCUAAAGUUCAAGUUUCAAUGAAAUAUGAUGACAAAAAUAAACAAUUUGCAGUAUUUAUUGCCCAGUUGAAUAAUGUACCUGCUCUUUUACCACAGCAAGACCAGAAAGUGAGCAUUCGUGUGGCUGUUCUUCCUUCAUCUGAAAGCACAAGCUGUUUGUUCCGUACAAGACUCAUGGACGCAUCAGACACUCUCACUUACAAUGAAUUAUUUUGUGUUGCAAUCCCUCAUUCAGUUUUGCGACAGAAGACACUAAGAAUUGAUGUCUGCACUUUAGAUAAAUUCCACCUUGAAGAAUGCUUGGGAGGUGCACAAAUUAGCCUUGCGGAUAUUUGCAGAUCAGGGGAAAGGUCAAUGCGCUGGUACAAUCUCCUCAGCUAUAAAUAUCUACAAAGGCAUAGUUGUGAAAAUAAGCAAGAGGAUACUUGUUCUGAGCUACUCUGCAAUGAGAAAAUGGACUCUGUAUCUGCAUUGCUAGAACAAACUGUUGUUGAACUUGAGGCAGUAGAGAAAAAACUAGGAGAAAGUACUUUAUUUACUGAUGAAACCUGGCAAUAUAAGGAAGAUGCUGAGCAGGAUGGUAACAGUGAAACUGAAAAUGGUGAGACUGAAGCAGAGGAAGAAUUUUAUGGCAGAAGGACUGUGUGGGCCACUGAAGAGAACUUGCUACCUUUGUUGCAGGCUGAAUCAGCAACCAUCAAGGUGGAUAAAGAAACCAACACAGAUAGUCUUAUGCAAUCUUCUCCAGUAGUUCGUCCCAAAGAUAAAAGAACACCUAAUCCUUUACAAACACCCUUCGUUAGAGGCAGCACAAUCAUCCGCUCCAAAACUUUUUCUCCAGGACCACAAAGCCAGUAUGUGUGUCGGCUUAAUCGUAGUGAUAGUGAUAGUUCAACACUAUCUAAGAAACCACCUUUUGUUCGGAAUGCUGUUGAGAGACGAAGUGUCAGAAUGAAACGGUCUUCUGUUAAAACUCUUGGACCUGAGCGUUUGAUCCGUACUUCUCUCGACCUGGAAUUAGAUUUGCAGGCGUCAAAGACCUGGCAUAGUCAGUUGCUGCAAGAGAUUUCUGUCCUCAAACAGCUAAAGGAACAGUUAGAGCAAGCUCAAAGUCAAGGAGAAAAAGAGUUACCCAGAUGCCUAGACGAGAAUGAGCAAUUCAGGAUGUUAAUGAGACUGGUAGAGAAAAAGACCGUAAAGGCUGGAUGUAAGUAUGAACGGAAGGCUGAUAAAAUGAUGAGGGCAGCUGCUAAAGAUGUGCAUAGAUUACAAAGGCAGACCCAAAAAGAACCUCUGGAGGUGCAGUCAUUCAGAGAGAAGAUGUUGUUUUUCACACGACCUAGGAUAAAUAUCCCAGCUCUCUCAGCAGAUGAUGUUUAAUGUCUAUUUAAGUAUUUUGUUCUUAAAACCACUUCUGAAAAGUAUAUGUCAUUCACUGAGGUUUAUUUAUAUCAUAUUAUCAUUGUUAGUACAUUGAUGGCUUUAUCAGUUCUAGGGCCAGAUUUUUAACUUCUUUUUUUUCAUUGCAAAUGCCAGCAUUAAAAUUACACUAUCAUAUAGUUUGUAUAUUUAGCUAUGCAUUUUUGAAAUUUUUUAAAAAAUGAAACAGUAUAGCUCACAAUGCCAUUUAAAUAAUAUUUACAUGUUGACAUUUUGUACAGCUUCGCUUUUUUUAAAGACAGGUUUUGCUGAAAUAAAUUUUGAAUUUGAAAAGGAUCUGACAUACAAUUCUAAAAAAUUGGACCCCAACUCUUACAUAACUAGGUUUUGCUAAUUCAAAUAUUUUUAUAUCAAAUAAAGGAUAAAAGAAGCCAUUUUAAGAGUUAAAAAUGAAUGCUCUGUUGAGCUGUGAAACACUUCCAUUUCCAUCUAGGUCAUAAAAAUGGGUGUGGUGUUUAAAUGCCUACUGCACUUUAAUCUGGAGAUUGUUACUUCAUUUCAUUAUGCUGUUGUCCUGUAAGAGUCCCCAAAGCCCUGUGAAUCCUGUGUUAAAAAGAGAGUUACAGGAAACAUAUAUCCGUGGCUACAUAUUUGGCUUGAAAGAAAUAUUAAAAGCCAGCAACUAUUUUAAAUAAGCUAUAUCUGUCUUAAAAUUAUUUAUAUUUCUUUUAGCAAAUAAUCUUCAUAUAAUCAUGCCAGUUUACAAUGAGCAAUCUUAAUAUGUACAAAUGCUUUCUGUGUUGGUCUUUUUAAAAACUAAUUUAAAUCUAGUAAGUUCUCCCCAUUCUUCAGUGAGGGAGUAUUUAAUCCGAAAGGGUUUUCUCUGAUUACUAUUGAGACCAUCUAUUUGGAUAUCGAAAACAAUAUCCUAGAAGAAAACAGCAGCAAAUCACUGUCUUGCUCCUGCUGAGAAAACUACACGGACAGUUUCCAGAAGCAUUUUACCUUCACCAAACAGCCUGCAAUAAAAACCUUGGUUUAAAAACCUGUAAUCAUGUUUAUAACCCAGUUAAUCACAUUGCUUGUAGUUUGUUUAUUUCUCCCCCCCAGUUUGUUUACUUUAAUAAUUGUGUUAGUUUUUUUUUGUUUUUUUUGUGCACACCCAAGCACUCUGCUCUGCACUUUCAUUUUCAUAUGCCCAUCUUUAAAUAUACAGUAUGCACAUGUACACUUAGAUGUAGAACUAGACAUAGGUUAUUGAACUAUGUAGGCAUCAAUUCACUAUGAGAUGCAUAUGAGUGCCAGUUUGGUCUAGUUCUAAGGCACCAGGCUAGAAACUAGGAGAUUGUGAGUUCUAGUGCUGCCUUAGGCAAGAAAGCCGCCUGGGUGACUUUGGGUCAGUCACUCUUGCUCAGCCCAAAUAAUAGGCUUGCUGUUGUAGAAAAAAUAGGAAGAGGAAGGAGUAUUAAAUAUAUCUGCUGUCUUGAGUUAUUUAUAAAAAUAAUAAAGUCCUGAUAAAAAAAAUAAUAAUACCUUUUCUAGUCACUUCAGGGGAAAAUAAUGAAAGAAUCAAUUGUCUUAUUUUUUAAUAAUUAGUAACUGCUAAUUAUCAAUUUUAUUGA